AUGUGUGUCACGGUCCAAGCAGGAACCGACAAACUGCGCACUGGAAACCUCGAGAUUGCUCACGUGAGCAUACUAUACACCUCCACGACCACCUCAUGCACCGUGGAAUGCAACACCAAACCGAAGAAGACAGGGGCCUGCCUAGCCACCACUGGCACGCAUCUGCCUGCCCGCGCGAAUUUGCUGCGUACGCGCCGUCUCCUCACGCAGCAUCGCCAAGCCCGCAGCCGGAUGUUCGUCCUCCUCCUCACCCUCUUCACCGUCAACCUCUUCCGCACAGGCGGUCUCACGCUCUCUAGCAGCAGCAAUGCUGCGCUGACGGUCAAUGUGGCCGAGGUGCGACCGCAGGUAUGCGGUCAACUUGACCUCGUAGGGAAUCGUGACCGCGGCGUCUUGAUGCGGGACUCCUUCUGCGUGUUAUCAGUGCGUGUAGUGAAAGAAGAGUGCUUGCGGGGGUUACUUACCAGUCGGCGUCGUGUGGUGCUCAGGCGGCGGAGGAGGGCGCUGGCGCUGGGUACGGGGGUGGAAGAAGUACUUGUGGCCAUCGGGGCCUGGAUAUGUCAGUCGUGGUCACAUGAGGUGUACGCUAUGGUACUAACCGUUCUCUGGGACUGCGGUCGCGCGGGUCAUGCCGUUGAAGCUCGUAUGAGCGAUGCGCGUAAGCUCGGCCGCGAUCUCAGGGAAGACCUCGCUGGGCGACUGGAUACUGGGAGCUGCGUUGUUGAGUGA